UUUCCCAUAUUGUUAUAUACCAUUAGUUCUACCGAUACGUUGAAGUAAAAACAAAACAAAUUAUAACAUUUUUAUAUAUUUUUUUAUUGUUGGAUUCAAUGUGAGUUGCCAUUGCUUUAAUAUCCCCCAUAUUUACAAAUGAUUCAUAUAAACAUUAUCUUAUUUCCUGUGUGAUAUUUCACUUAAAGUUGGAAAAGUUAAACAUAGUUGGAAAGAAAGAUGCUUGCAACGCACGUAAUUUUCGUUUUUACUUUUACCCUGCCUUUACUUAUUUUUGGGCAAUAUUCUUCUGAUUGUCAAUCGAAAGAAACAUGUCGAGAUUGUAUACAAGAAAUUGGUUGUAUUUGGUGUAUCACUCCGAAUAAUCUGACUGCUGAUGCUGUUACAGCUUCUAUACAUUGUACUCAUAGGAAUACAACCUCAAAUGACUGGUGUCCAAAAAACCUAAUUGUUGAACCUAAAUCUUCAGAUAAUGUUGUGCAAAAUCGGGAGUUUUCAAGUAAUAUAGAGAACCCAAUCCAGUUCAAGCCACAACUUAUUAAACUUUCAUUGAGAAAAGGAGAAAAAAUAGAUAUACAUUUUCAGUAUCAGCAGGCCCAAAAUUAUCCUGUUGAUUUAUACUACAUUAUGGAUUUAUCAAAUUCUAUGGAACCUCAUAGAAAAAAAUUAGGGGAGCUGGGGGUGAAACUGGCAGAAGCUUUAAAGAGUCUUACUAGUAAUGUCCGUCUAGGUUUUGGAAGUUUUAUAGAUAAAGUGGAUUUACCAUUUGUUAGCACCGUUAAAGCCAAAUUGAAAGAGCCUUGCAAUGGAUGUGCUCCACCAUACAGCUUUAUAAAUCAUUUGAACUUGUCAAGUGACUACAGCAAAUUUAAAAUGGAAGUUACUAAUGCCAAAGUAUCUGGAAAUUUAGAUUCACCUGAAGGAGGCUUAGAUGCUAUAAUGCAAGCAAUAGUUUGCAAGGAACAAAUUGGUUGGCGGUCACAGGCUCGUCAUUUAUUGGUAUUUUCUACAGAUGCGGAAUUCCACAUUGCUGGGGACGGCAAGUUAGCUGGCGUAAUAGAACCAAACGAUGCAAAAUGCCAUAUGGUUCAGAAUAGUUAUGUCGAAUAUCUGAAAUAUGACUAUCCUUCAGUAUCCCAAAUAAAUCAUGUAGCUAAAGAGAACAACAUAAAUAUAAUUUUUGCUAUUGUAAAAAAAGAUGGAAUUAGAGAUUCAUAUCAAAUGUUAUCUAAAUCUAUUGAAAAUUCAAAUUUUGGUGAAUUGGACAAUAAUGAUAACAAUGUCAUUGAUCUCGUCAUAAGAAAUUACAAUAAAAUUGUUCAGUCUGUAACACUGACAUCCAAUGCUACAGAUGAUGUAGAUGUGAAAUUUUCUUCAACUUGUCAAGAUUCUAAACCAAAUGGUUGCGGUAAUGUUCAUGUAGGUGAAAUUGUCAAUUUUACUGCUACAAUUCAACCCCGAGAAUGCCUAAAAGGCCAAAAGAAGAUAAUAUCAAUUAAACCAGAAGCAUUACAUGAAAGCCUUAUAAUUGAAUUAGAUAUUUUAUGUGACUGCCCAUGUUCUUCACCUAGCGACAAUUCUUAUCAAGCAAAUUCAACUGAAUGUAGUGGCAGAGGAGACUUACAAUGUGGAAUUUGUAAAUGUGCAGCUGGUAGAUUUGGAAGAAACUGUCAGUGUGAUAAUUAUGUAUUUUCUUCAGGAAACUCUGCAAACUGUAAAAUGAAUGAUCAAGCUGAAAUAUGUUCAGGUCAAGGAGAAUGUAAAUGUGGCAAAUGUGAAUGUAAUAGUCGGCCAAAGGCUCAAGAAAAAAUAUAUGGAAAAUUUUGUCAGUGCAACAACUAUUCUUGUAAAAGAGAAGGAGGUAUACUUUGUUCAGGAAAAGGUACCUGUGACUGUGGUGACUGUAAGUGCCAUGCAGGAUACACAGGUGAUGCUUGUCAAUGUCCUGAUACCACCAUUAGUUGUAUAGCUCCCGGUAGUAAUUUAGUGUGUUCUGGAUAUGGAAAAUGCAACUGUGGUCAAUGUGAAUGUAUGAUGGAUGGUGGUCAUUCUGGGAAAUACUGUGAAGAAUGUACAACGUGCCCAGCACAAAGAUGUGAAGAGCUUAGACAUUGUGUUGAAUGUCAAGCAUAUGAGACUGGUGUCUUUGACAAAAAUCAGUGUCGGCUGAAUUGUACCGCAUUUAAAACAGAAGUCGUUGAUAAAUUUAGUGAUGAUGAUGAUAUAAAAAAAUGCAGAGUUCCUGAUAAAGCUGGAUGUAUUAUAAUUUUUGAAUACACUUAUGAUGAGGAUAAAGAACUUAUUGUAAGAGCCCAAAAGGAAAAGCUAUGUGCUGGUCCUCCCAAUGUCUUAGCUUGGAUUCUUGGAGUUAUAGGGACAAUUUUACUUGCUGGUUUAAUUAUGUUAAUUAUUUGGAAAGUUUGUACAACUAUUCAUGACAGACGUGAAUAUGCCAAAUUUGAGAAUGAGAGAAAAGGUCUUAAAUGGCAUAGAAAUGAUAAUCCUCUCUAUAAAGAAGCAACAUCAACAUUUGCCAAUCCAGUCUAUAAUCGAUCUUCCAGCAGGUUGCCUUCCAAAUAAAUAUUACUCAAAAUUUAUUAAAAUAUAACAUUUUUUCUUUUGUGAAAUCAAAAUAAUAUUUCUGUAUAAGAUUUACACGGUCUGAUAAUAAGGUUUAGUAAAAUUGUUACAUCUGUUAUUGGGAAUAUCAUUUUCAUCACCUUCAAAGUGGUGAUAGUGGAAUGGUCUUCAGGAUUGCUAUUGUCUAUUUCAUGAUGUUGUAAAUGACAGUUAUUUGUUUAUUAUCAGCUUCAUAGUUGUUAUGUACGUUUCUAAUUUUUUCAUGCAAAUUUUCCAUGUGAGAGUAUUGAAAAAGCUGUAGAUUCAUUGGAUUUUUUCAACAACGCAGCUGCUUCCACCUCAGUGUCAGAGAGAAUUCUUAACAGUAAAUAAAUAACUAUGUUGAAAAAUGCUUCCUAUUUACUAGAUUCCAAUGACAUUUCUAUGUUGCCAUGGAUAAGCAGAUAUUAAAUCAGAAGCAAUGCCACGGUAGUUCUGGAGACCAUUCCUUAAAUGGGUACAUAGUUGCACAUGAGAAAUACCUUGAAGAUGAUUAAAAUUACAUUGAUUAAUAUUUCAUGUUAUCUGUUCGCAAAUUUUUUCUUGGAGCUUGUACAUUAUUUAUUCUUUUAUGAAAAUAUAGAAAAACAAUAAAAAUUUUAAUUAA